GUUGUUUAGCUGCGGUUUGCUAGCAGCAUUAGCUGUUAGCCGCUGGUAACUGUUUCAGUCAAAACAUGCAAACCAGUGUACGGUCAACACUAAAUACACCUCAGUACGGUGGUGGCAGGAUGGACGCGGAGCUGGGUGCUGACAGCGCCCGCAGAAAGAUGGAGGCGCCGGGCGAGGCGCUGGAGAUCGUGCCGCUGGAGAUGUACGAUUCAGCCCGAGCGAAAAUAGCGGCGAAUCUGCGAUGGCUGUUCGCCAAAGCCUUCGGUAUCGCCUUUAAACAACCCGUGCAUGAGGCAGAUGGCCAGGUUUGGAACAAAGCAGACAGUUCCACGUGGUAUACCAGAGGGGAUCACAUCCCAGAGGACCUGCGAGACCCUUUCUACACAGACCAGUAUGACCAGGAGCACAUUAAACCCCCAGUGAUCCAGUUACUGCUGUCCUGUGAUCUGUACUGUCGCGUGUGUGCUCUCAUUCUUAAAGGAGACCAGGUGGCCUCUCUGCAGUCCCACCAGUCAGUCAUCCAGGCCUUGUCUCGCAAAGGCAUCUAUGUAAUGGAGGGUGAUGGCACGCCUGUCACAGACUCAGAUCUGACAUGCCAGCCAAUCAAAAUGAGUUCCCACAUCCCCAUGAUCGAUGCUUUGAUGAUGGCCUACACCGUGGAGAUGAUCAGCAUUGAGAAGGUUGUGACCUGCGUGAAGCGUUUCUCCACAUUCAGUGCCUCCAAGGAGCUCCCCUUUGACCUUGAGGAUGCUAUGGUCUUCUGGAUCAAUAAGGUUAACCAAAAAAUGAGGGAGAUCACAGAGAAGGAACACAAAUCAAAGCAGCAUCUACUAGAAUCUCCAAGUCACCAAAAGUCUCCCUCAAAAUGGUAUUGGAAACUAGUACCUGUACGGUAUCGGCGGGAUCAUGCCUCAGGUAGACAGCUACCGUACUUCCCCCUGCUGGAGGACCUGAUCAGGGAUGUGUGUGACGGUGCUGCACUGCUGACAGUGGUCCAUUACUAUUGCCCAGACCUGAUGAAGCUUGAUGAUAUCUGCUUGAAAGAGGUGACCUCAAUAGCAGACAGCCUUUAUAAUGUCCAGCUGCUAAAAGAGUUUGCCAAUGAGUACCUUCACAAAAGCUUCUAUUUGACUCUGGAGGACAUGUUAUAUGCACCUCCUGUCCUCAAGCACAAUGUCGUGGUGUUUAUUGCAGAGCUUUUCUGGUGGUUUGAGAUUGUCAAACCUGAAUUUGUCCAGCCAAGGGACUUUCAGGAAUUUAAAGAUGCACAAGCAAUGACUCAGCCCAAGAGUGCCAGGCCAACUGUGCCCAUCUCCAAUGCCACCAAACGGAGCUUCCUGGUGUCUCCUGGUGUGGCUGAUCCAGCUCUUCCUGUACAGAACAGCCCGGAAGUUUGUAACAGGUACUUCCUGCACCCUGAAGAAUCUGAGCCUCUUAAUAAGGGGAGUUCCAGCUUCAGCCCGCCUCAUCCACUCCUGCCUCUGAGGCAAAGACAGAAGAAGGUUCAGCCAGGAGAGGAAAGCACAGCCUGUAGAAAUCGCUCCAGUUCUUUGACACAAGAAGGUCACUCGAGAGGAUCUGUGGCUUGGUCAGAUAAAAGGCAGAGGCCACUGUCUCAGCUGAAUCGGUAUGUUCUCACGGACAGUGAUGCAGACUUGGCCUCGGGUGACAGCAUUAGUCUGACCUGCUCUAUCAGUGAGGACAGCCUGGCCUCCACUGUCACACCCAAACACCAGAUCCAUCCGAGUCAGAGCACUACUAGAUGGGUCAAUGGACAUGGUCUGCUGGGCAACGUUAAUAUGGAUGAGGAGGAUGAGCUGGUAACUAUUGCCAGGGCAGAUUCAUCUAAGAAUGACAUCACCCGUCCAAACUCUGAGGACGCAGAGUGCCAGAGUGCUACCCCUGGUGCUAAAACAGGCACUUGGGGGCGGCAGGAGGAAGCAAUCUCUGAUUCCCGAACAUCCAAUUUCUAUUUGGAACCUCUGAUACCUGCAGUUCUGAGACCAGCCAAAGAGAAGUCCAUAUGCCUGAAUAAGGAAGAAGAAUUGGGGGAGGGACGACAGAGAGGGUCAGCACGGAGAGCUGUGGGAGGAGAUGGCCUCAACUCAUCUUCCAGACGGAGAACUCCACACACCCUUAACCGAACCUUUACCCCCAACACUAGCUCAGAGUUUGAGUCAACUAUUGAGCCCAAAUCAAGUGAAUUUGUGCCUCCAGCCCCUGAGCAAACACAAUCUUUCAGACCAUUGGUGACAAGUAGUAUUGAGCCGUCUUCUGCUGAACGUUCACCUGGGUUUUACCUUCAUUCGUCUGUGCCUGAGGACAAGAAGCCUGUCCAAGCUUGGGAUAUACAGCCAGAAACUGACAUAGAGACUGUGGAGACGAUUGAAGAACAGGAUGCAGAGCUUACUAAAGAGCUCCAUCUGGACAAGAAACAAUUCUAUGAGGAGGAUGAUGAGUCUGCCAAACUACGAGAGGACAUGAAUGUAAAGGAACAUGAGGAUAAGGAUGGUGGAAGCAGGUGUUCGAGUCCAGGUCAGCACUCCCAAAUCAGUAGCGUUGCCAGUGGCAGCAUACGUAUGACCAGUUUUGCAGAGCGAAAGAUGCAGAAGUUUGGUAGCAACCAAGACAUCCGCUCCAGCACCAGCAGCUCACAGCGGACCACACCAGAUGGCUCUGAGAGUUACCCCUUUCCUCUCACUUCUUGGAAAAUGAAGCGAGACCAGAGUCCAAAUCAAAAGAACAAGGAGAGUGCCAACAUGCUGGCCUCUGAACUUGUCCAACUCCAUAUGCAGCUUGAAGAAAAGCGACGUGCAAUUGAAAGCCAAAAGAAGAAGAUGGAGGUCUUAACGGCCAGACAAAGGCUAAAGCUUGGGAAAGCAGCUUUCCUGCAAAUAGUGAAGAAAGAGAAGAGUGACACUCUCCCGCAGCCUACAAAAUCAGAGUACUACUUGAAAGAUGGCCAAAAACUCAAUCAAGAGAAAGAAAAGUCAUCAAAAGAUGACUCCUGUGUCAAUGCUUUGAGAGAUGGGGCAAAAGAGUCUGGAGAACCAGAGAAGGCUUCUAUUGAGUGGGCAAGUGGGGGGACUGUGUCCCCUAGUGCCUUAGAUAUUGAUGAGGAGAUAGAUCUUAAUGAGUGCAACCGCUCCAUUGAUUUGCUAAACGAGGCCAUAGGUAGCAUUCAGCAGCAGAUGAUGCAACUUUCUCUCCAGCAAGAACUGCUCAUGAAGCAGAAUCACCAGUCUCCAACAGGCACUGCUCCACCACCUAGCAGUGACCAAAGUAAUGCAUCUGAACCCAGAGUCCGAGCUUCUAUACAUUACGUUGACCCAAGUGGCAGCCCUGUGGUGCGAAAGCCACCCAAACUGAGUUCAGCACGGCCCCGUUCCAAACCUUCUGAACUGUUGCUAGUUAAGGAACAAGGCAAAGGGCAGAAGAGCUCCACUCCUACACCUACUGAUGGCCAGGCCAGGCCCAUUCAAGGGGGCGAGACCCCUAAAGAAGAGCCUGAGGACUUUGUACAAAGCUCUGUAAGAUUUGGCACACUCAACAAAGACAAAGGGAAUCAGAAAAGCACUACAUUCCACCUUAAUGAUGAUGCUAAUUUGAGGACAGUGUCAAGGGAGCCAAGUUCUGCAGCCCUGGGUGUUACUUUUGAUGAAUCUAUGUCUGGUACCUCACAGGACCCUGCAGCUACAUUUGGAGAUGGACCAGGGAAGGAUGUCUCCUCAGAGGACAUUUCUAGAGGAAAGGUCAAUCUUGUUGAAGUGGACUUGUCUGACUUGGCUGCCAACCCAGAUGAUGAAAGUUCCAAUGUAUUGGAUGUCACUACUGAUGGAGCUGAUGGGGAAAAGAAAUCUGGCAUGGGCUUCUUUUUUAAGGAUGAGCAAAAAGCAGAGGAUGAAUUGGCAAAAAAGCGUGCAGCAUUUCUGCUGAAACAACAAAAGAAGGCAGAGGAGGCUCGGCUCCGCAAACAACAGCUGGAGGCUGAAAGUGAGCUGAAGAGAGAUGAAACCAGACGGAAAGCCGAAGAGGACAGAAUGAGAAAAGAGGAGGAGAAAACCAGGAGAGAGUUGAUAAAGCAGGAAUAUCUCAGAAAGAAACAGCAAGAGAUGUUUGAGGAGCAAGAACAGCCCAAGCCUAAGACCACCAAGCCCAAAAAGCAAAGGCCUAAGUCUGUGCUAAAGGAGGAGCACUCAAUUAACAUGCUUCCCAAGUGCCCCGCUGCCAAUGACAAACUUACCAGUGCCCAGUCUGGCUCGAGUCUGUCACUGGCCUCUGUAGCCACCACUGAACCAGACAGUGUCAACUCAGGAGGGGCGGGAUCUCAACGAGAGGAAUCAGUAGAGUCAUUUCCAGGCCUCAGUCGCAAUUCCAGUCGAAUUACAGAGAGAGACUGGGACAACGGUUCCACAGCAUCUUCCAUUACAUCAACAUCCAUGGCAGAAUAUACGGGACCCAAGCUUUUCAAGGAGCCAAGUGCAAAAUCCAACAAGCCGAUAAUACACAAUGCCCUCUCUCAUUGCUGCUUAGCAGGGAAAGUAAAUGAACCACAGAAGAACUCUAUUCUUGAGGAGCUUGAGAAGUGUGAAUCCAACCACUUGAUGAUUCUAUUCCGUGACAGCGGCUGCCAGUUCAGGGCCCUUUACUCCUACUUCCCCGACACUGAGGAGAUCCACAAGCUCACUGGUACAGGGCCCAAGACCAUCACUAAGAAGAUGAUCGACAAACUCUAUAAGUACAGCUCGGACCGCAAGCAGUUCACAGUAAUCCCUGCCAAGACUGUGUCUGUCAGUGUAGAUGCGCUGACUAUCCAUAACCACCUGUGGCAAGCCAAAAGACCUGCAGUGCCAAAGAAGAGUGGAAAGUGAGGUCAGAUAGCACUUGAGUUCUGUAGGUUUUGGGUGUAUACAGUGAACACAAAAAACUUGCAAUGAGGCCUACUUCCAUCAGACUGGUGAUCGAAGAGACCGUCUGGACAAGCAGACAGUUAAGCCUUCACACACUCCAUUUGAAUGUGUUUUGGGUUAAAGUAGUCUUUUACCUACAAUCUGUGGUAUUUUUACAUGAUUCAUUUUUUGUUUACUUAAAGUAUUUAUUGGUUAGGCACUGAUUGGCUCAUUUUACUGAAGAGCUUCCCAUGAUUGUUUUAAUAUGUUUGUUUUCCCCCUUUUUAAGUUAGAGAUACAUGUUUUUGUUGUUUUUAUUUUUUUUAUAUAUAAAGUCUGCUGCCUCUGAGGACUGCCAGAACUCAAAUUAAUCUAAAAACACAGCUGACUUGCGUCUCAACCAAACGUUCAUUUGUUUUUGCCUCCGAAACAUGCUGCUCUGAACUGUCUACUUAGUUGUCAUUGGGACAAGUGUCCCUGGUAAGUGUGCUUUUAGCCUUCAUGUGUUGUGGUACUACAAGCACUAUUUAUACAGUGCUUUAAAAAGGCAAAUUGGCUGUAGCCCAGUUUUUGAAACUUGAUUGUCCUUAAUAGGGAAUCAAACAGACCUUGAUACACAUCAAAUGCUGUUCUCUUCUGUUCUGCUGUUAGCAGUUGUGACGUCAACUGGACAGUCUGUACUAUGGUGCACUUAUGAUCAUGUUUUAGUGCUUUUUAUUAUCAUGCAAUGUAUCCAUGUUGAUGCAGGCGCUGGAGCUUUCUCAUGCAGAACAACAGCAUGCUCUGUUAUGAAGAGUGUCGCUGUAAAUGAUUUGAAUGACAGUAUUUAAUAUAUUCAUAAUCGGUUACUUCCUUUGCAGUCGCUGUCUGAUUAUUUACCAAGGCUGAAAACAUUCCUCAAGUGAAAGUGUCAACACUGCCGACAACCUUGUUUCUACAUGUUCGAUAACACUCACAGAAGCCUCGUGUUUGGUGUCAAGAUCAAUUGAGCGCUGCACAUGCACUUUAUUAUUUAGCUUAUUAAGGUGUUUGGCUAGGGGUCGAAAUUUUAAAGGGCUUUACUAAACACUUUUGCUCCAUUUUGUUGAAGAUUCCUUGUCGAAAAGUACUCUUGAUACACACUUAGAAAAAUCUCUUUGCAAACAUUAUUAACACAGAAUAGAGCAAAUUGCCAGUCCCUUAAUGGCUCUUAAACUACUGUUUCCAAAUAAUAGAUGUUAAGUCUACAAGUUGCUAUAUUUUGUUUCAUUUUAAAUUGCGGUUUUGUAUAUUAUGUGUUUUUAUAUGAACUAAAAGAUUGUAUUGAUGUUGGUCACUUCUUUUCUUUUUUAAACACUACUACUCAUUCUUGAUCAUUUUUGCUUCCUUUAUCAUACCAUUAUUUAUUUUAAAUAAGACUCUGAGAAUUAAUAAAUAUUUCAAGUCAAUCAA